AUGUCCUCUUCCAAUUCAGCAUCGCCGUCCUCCAACAGUUACCUCGAGCAGACGGCGUCUAUGCUCAGUACUGUUGGCGCGUACAUGCGGCUACCAGCCAUAGCCUCGACGGUAUGGCCAUUCCCGCCUCCUCGUCCUACGGGCUACCCAUCUUCUCACACCGAUAUUUUAACCUUCCUGUCUGCAACCCCUCCUCUUGGGCCUGAGCCCGAGGUCGGUAUCGCAGCUGUCUUGACUAGCCUCCUCUACUUCAAGCAAAAAGCUCUCAUCUACCCCUCGCAUAUGCCCGCAAACUCUCGAACCGAUGUCCCAAGACCCUCACAGUAUGGCAUCAAGGAUUUCGAAGAACUCGUCAUCCCCACAAACGAUGGCGAGAAGCUGUCGGCUUUCUACAUCCGCGGCCCGCGCGAUGGGAAGAACUCCAAUGUCACCAUCCUGAUGUUCCAUGGUAACGCGGGUAACAUUGGCCACCGCUUGCCAAUCGCCCGCAUGCUUAUCAACUUUAUCGGCUGCAACGUUUUCAUGCUCGAGUACCGCGGCUACGGCCUAUCAACAGGAGAACCUGACGAAUCCGGCCUCUUCCUAGACGCCCAAACCGCCCUCAACUACCUCCGAUCUCGCGCAGAGACGAGCAACCAUAAGCUGAUUGUUUACGGACAGAGCUUGGGCGGCGCUGUCAGCAUCAAGCUGGUGUCGAAGAACCAAAAGGAUGGGGAUAUUGCUGGUCUGAUCUUGGAGAACACCUUCCUCUCCAUGCGCAAGCUUAUCCCUUCUGUGUUGCCACCAGCAAAGUACUUGACGCUUCUCUGCCACCAAGUCUGGCCAAGCGAAUCAAUCAUCUCUAGCAUCACAUCCGUGCCGAUCCUGUUUCUUUCUGGUCUCCAGGACGAAAUCGUACCACCCCGUCACAUGCGCCAACUUUACGAACUCUCUGCCGCGCCCUCUAAAAUUUGGAAGCCCUUGCCCGCAGGCGACCACAACUCGAGUGUUUUGGAAGAGGGUUACUUCGAAGCCAUCUCGGACUUUCUUGGCAAUGUCGCCGGCGUGACAAGCAAGGAGGAGAAGCAGCGCCUCUAG